CGGAGAAACAACUUCGCCAUGUUAUCAACUCGUAGAAAGUCAUGUGCCGCUUGUGUGGCUGGCAAGCGGCGGUGCGAUCUCGACUUGCCUACUUGCGCUCGGUGUAGAAGAGUCAAGAAGAAGUGCGUUUACCCCUGGAUGACAAUUGGGAAUGCGGAUCAAAUUAUCGAUCUGGAUUCACCUUCCACGACUGCACAAGAUGGUAUAGUUUAUGAUAUGAGCGGGAUGUGGACAGCGAGCGGGAGCAAUAGCAGCAAUAGCGACGAUGGUAACAUGAAUACCGUAUCGGGCUAUUUAUCACCGGAUCCGUCUUUAACGGUGCCCACACCGCUGAUACCCGGCCUGUUGUCUCAGCUAGACGAGUACAUUUCCAAAAACCAGGACCAGACGGUCUUGUCAUUGGGCCCGAGUCCCCGGCUGAUUCAUACCCUUUCUUCGGGCCAACAGUCUCCCGCUGCGGACUACUCCACUCCCGAAUUUGUGUACUUUGACAUAUCGAACACUCCUCCGACCAUCGGUGCCGUGUUUCAGUCCAGAACAGAGUAUGCGGCCAGCCUUUUGGCCACGCAGCCGCAGAUGCUGGCCAUGACGGGCCACAACUGUUUCAUCCACCACACACAAGUGUCGUCGUCAGAAGUGCUGCAAGAAGCGCUCGCCGCAAGUGCGCUACACUGCAUGAGGAACACGGCCAAUGCGGCCCUUGUGCGAGGCGAGGUUGCCAAGCGAGUCGUUCGCCUCAUUGGGUCCAUCCGACACGCCAUUACCUCCGCAUCUGACGAUGCUGCUAGUGGUGGUGGUGGUGGCAGGGAGCUUGACCUGCUCCCUGUUCUACAAGCCCUUGUCGUCUAUCAAUGCAUUCGUUACUUUGCAAGAGACGACAUCAGCGAACGAAUGCGCGCAGAACGAGAUGAAGCCAUCGUACAAUCUCUGCUGGCAGCUUUAUAUCCACGUCUUCGGUCCUUCUCCAAACACAUUGACAGCUGGGAUACUUGGAUAUACUACGAGAGCAUGCGUCGCACCAUCCUCACCGCCGAGAUUCUAGCAGGAACGUAUACUUUCUUGAAGCAAGGCUGGGACCAAGUUGAGGGACGCACUCUGCAGCUCCAGUUCACGGCGCAGGUGGCACUAUGGGUGGCCAAGUCAGCGGUCGAGUGGGAAGCGAUGUGGACGCGCGGCCCCAAGCUUGAGGUGACGAUGCGGUCUUGGAAUGAAGAUAUUCGGGAGGCACUGCCGGAGGACCUGGAUGAUUUGGGCCAUGUGCUUUGGGCGCUGCAUCAUGGUCUUGAUCUGAUGGAGAACUGGCUGGGUGGGAAGCCUGAGCAGGCGAGAUGGGGGCUGCAACCUGCGAUGGGGGGUUGGAGUUGAUAGAUUGUAUUCGGAUGAGGGAGGAUGGAAGGAUAAAUGGAUUAUGGGACACUUGGACUUGGGAGCGUUGGCUUAUCUGAUAUUUGUCUUGGGAGUUUAGCAGGAGUGAUAAACUUGUUUGGAGAUUAAAGUUGGUGAUGAUAGAUAGACUCAUAUACACCCGUCAUCUAUUGCUUUUAUACAUCUUACCCAAAGGAGAAACUAUUUUAC